AUGGAGUUACUUGAUCCUUUGUUGCACAAUGGGAGGACAUUGUAUCGUGACAAUUCAUACAGUAGUGUAUCAUUGGCUACAGAACUAAUGAAUACCUCUACCCAUCUUGUUGGAACUCUUAGGAGUAAUAGAAAAGGUAACCCACAAACUGUAAUAUCUGCAAAACUGAAAAAAGGGCAAACAAUAUGUUCACACAGCAACACUAAAACCUCUGUGAUCAAAUGGAAAGAUAAACAGGAUGUUUUGAUGAUUUCUACCAAACAUAACGAUGAUAUGGUGCCUGUAAAAUGUAAAACUGGCAUGGAAGUUUUGAAACCCAAAGCGGUCGAUGACUACAAUGCCGCCAAGUCAUUUAUUACUGCAACUGAUCAGCUGAGCUCAUUCUCAAUGACACGUCAGUGUAUGGUUAAAUGGUACAGAAAAAUCAUUUUUGAAAUCCUUUUUGGAACAUCUGUUGUAAAUGCUCAAGUACUGUACAACUUGGCAAACAAAGGAUCCAAGUCUUGCAUACAAAUAAUUCAUUUCAGGGAGCUCUUGGUUCUACUGCUAUUGAAUGCCAAAGAUCCACAUCCAUGA